CGGCUAGCAGCUUUAAACGUAUCAGCUUUUUAAUCAUCAAAUCAGACUGAAGGACGGAACUGUCCGUUUUAUAAAUGGUUGUUUAUAUCAGUAGGUGGCGGAAAUGCACCUUUUGUUGGUUUGCCAACCGCCAUAAAACGACAAAGAAGAAGAAGAAGGUGAAGUUGGUGUUGUGUGUACCGUUUUUUUAUCCGUAUGUUAGACAGUUUAUUGGUUUGCUGCGAUGGAUACCUCGCAAAACACUUUAAACAUCACCUUUGAAGACGAUCCAGAAAUACAGACUUUCAUGUUUAGUUUUGCUGGUGUUAGGAUUUGCUCAAACAACUUAAGGACGCCAAAACUGAACUACAAGUUACUAAAAACGAGUUGGAGCAAGUGAACAAAGAUGUCAACUCAUGCAGAGAGGAGAUGGACCGGAGGAUGAUGAUGAUGGUCCAGGUGGACGAAGGCCUGUGGAAUUCACUUCUUGAACUGGAUGCUGUUAUGAAGGAGAAGAAAAGGCUUGCCAGUCAGUUACAAGAAUUAACUUUGUCAAGGACCAUAGAGUCAAAGCAAGCUCUUCUGAGAAGUUUGCAGAAGGAGGAAAGCCACCUGCUGGAGCAGGAGCGUAAUCUAAAGAUCAGACGAGAUCAGCUGAGGAAAGCAUUAGGUUUGAAGAAACAUUUGCUAGAGGAAGGUGCAGCAUAUCAUAAACUCAAAUUAUCCAAAGUUUUGGAGGCUACAAUUACUAGAUGUACUGAAUAACAUAUGUUGACAUGUAACCAUUCCAGUUUCACAGUGUGAAAAUCCCGUUAAACCAAGCUCACCCAGCCAGAGUAAGCCUACUGUAAAGCCAGUGAGUAAAAGAGGGAAACGGAAGUGAACACAACAUCCUCUGAAUUCACAAUAUGGAAAUAAAGCUACGUUCAUUUUCUGUUGUGUACAAUUAUGAUGCAAUACAUUUUAAAAAUAAAGUGGCAUCUUUGUUUAUGUUUUGUGAAGUUAAGCUGCUGUAAACUUAAAAAAAGGUGACUUGUUUUGUAAAAUUGAGAUUAAAUAAACUAAACAUUUUUUGUGAAAUUAAGCUGCAAUAAACUUGGAAAUUUAAAAAAGCUAAAAUUUGUUUCCAUUUUUUAAAUGUAAGUUGCAGUAAACUUGGAAAACAAAAAAGCAACACCUUUUUGUUUCUAUUUUGUGAAAUUAAGCUGCAACAACAAACUUAAAAAAUAAUAAGUGAUGUCUUCUAAGCACAAUUUAGUGUGUCUAUACUGUUUAUUGGGGGUCACUGCUGAAAAUGGAAGAUGUGUGACGUUUCAACGAUGUUCAUUGACAGAUAAAUCACUGACAACAUUAAGCACCGAACCAGAAAAACGCAAAAGCUGCAACAAAACGGCAGUAUUUAAUUGAUAGAUGUUUAAUCUUAAUUUAAAAAACAAUCUGAAUGUUACACAGUGAGUAAAAUGUGUAAGUGGACGUUUGCACUGAACGGUUAGUGUUUUGAUAUUUGUCGGCCACCGUAGAGCACAAACACAUGCGGAAUCUGAUACAUGUCAUUCCAACUCAAUCGAACUUAAAAUAAAAACUCAAAUUGUCAGUGCCCAGUGUCUCAGCCAGCGGGGUAAAUAAAUGUACUUUUAUCCUUUUAAGUAUUAAUUUAACCGGAUGUUUCAGAGCAGUAUUAUCUUUAGCCUAUAGCAUGUGCGGAAUCAGGCUCUGGGGAUUUUUGGUGGUGUGUUUUUUCGACUCAGUCAUGGCAUCACCGGAGUUUCGGUCUGUGUUUACACUGUGUGUAGAUCAAAAUGUCACUGCAGGGCUGAGAGAGGUGUCAGGACUGCUGGGCCAUCAGGAACCUCUCCCGUCCACUGCUGCUUCCUCCAGUGAGGAUGGAAGAUCAAGAGAGACUGCAACAGUCGGAGAGGUGUCAGACAAGAUGUUCUGCUCAACUUGCCAGUGUCCUUUUGAGAGUCGUGAUGAGCAGAUGGAGCACUACAAACUUGACUGGCACCGCUUUAACCUGAGACAGCGUCUGGAAGGAAGAUCUGCGGUCACAGUGGAUGAGUUUGAGAAGAAGACUGGUACAGGUGAUAUUUCAAGCAUUUCUGGUUCAGAUUCAGACAGUGAAGAUGGGGUUCUUGGAGAUGAAGUGACCCCUGAGGAGACAGCCAACACUAUGGACACAGAUCAGUCCUCAUAUCGACUUUCUACUAAAGUUGUCUUUCAAAACAUGCAGGGAGAGUAUCUAUCAUUGUAUCGAUGUGUUCUGCAAAGCAAGAAAGACAAUGAAGAAGACGUGGUUUCCUCUUUACUGAAAAUAUCGAACAACACUAUUUGGGUCAUUCUGAUGACUGGUGGUGGACACUUUGCUGGAGCAGUUUUUAAGGGAAAAGAGAUUCUUCAACAUAAGACGUUCCACCGGUAUACGGUGAGAGCAAAACGAGGGACUGCGCAGGGACUGAGAGAUUCUCAGAACCGCAGCCAUACGCCUAAAUCUGCAGGGGCUGCCCUCAGACGCUACAACGAGACCGCACUGGUUAAGGAUAUUCACGAUCUUUUGGAAAGCUGGGCAGAAUAUUUAAAGGAAGCAAAUGCCAUCUUCCUACGAGCACCAAGUUACAACAAGACCAUAUUUUUGGGGGGUCGUGGAGCUCCCUUGGAUAAAAAAGACAGGAGAGUCCGUGUAUUUCCAUUUGCCACUCGCAGAGCCACAUUUAGUGAAAUCCAGCGAGUCUUUGAUCUGCUCUCAACUCUACAUGUUUAUCACAAAGACACUGAAAUCUCCAGUAUUUUGAGUCCAUUGAAGAAAGCGUCAAAGAAGAAAACUGCUAAACCUGUCAGUCAGACAAUCCCUGAGCCAAAUACUAGUGUUCCUGCAGAGACGGAAGAUGUCGAGGAAGGAAGUUCAGGGGAGGAAGACUCGGGAGCUUUAGAGACAGUGGAGGUGACAAUAGGAACCCUGGACCUCAGAGAGCAUGAGGUCUAUCUUAAUAAGAAGAAAAGGAGGAAACGGAAAGAGAAAAGAGAAGAUACAAGCAACAGAGAAAUUACUCUUAAAAAGGCAGAUGAUGAAUCGGUGGAAGAAGGUGACCUUGAGGGUGAUGUUGACUCCACAGAGACUCAAAGAAAGUCAAAGAGCAAGAGAAAACCCAAAGACAAAAAACGGCAGAUAGAAGAAGAUGAAGUUGAUGAGUCGUGGGAAUACAGUUUGAGGGACGCUCUCUACACCGCCAGUAAAACGGGGGACAUUCAAACCUUACGCACCCUCCUGCAGCUGCCAGAGGACCAGGAAGGGAAAAAGGAGGGUGGAGAAAGGACCGCCCAAGACAAUCCUACCUCCGACACCUCUAGGGUUUUAUGUCUUCUUAACAAGCCCAUAGACUCAGCAGGCUUCACUUUACUGCAUGUGGCAUCCGCAGCCGCACAGAAAUCUGUCAUCAGACUGUUAUUGGAUGCAGGAAGUGAUCCGGCCAACAAGGAUAAGAAAGGACAGACUCCAUAUUGUGUUGCUCCUGAGAAAGAUACUCGAAACACAUUUAGAAAAUACAUGGCCGAGCAUCCUCACAAGUAUGACUACACUAAAGCACAGGUUCCUGGACCUCUGACUGAUGAAAUUGAAUCCAAAAAGGCAGAAAAGAAGAAAGCCCAAAAAGCAGCACGGAAACAGAGAGAGAAAGAGCAAAAAGAAGAGAAACUGAAGAAACAGCAAGAGGAGGAGGAAAAGAAGAGGUUCACAGCUCUCAGUGACAGAGAGAAGCGAGCUCUGGCUGCAGAGAGGAGAUUGGCUGAACAUGUGGCCACAACUGGAGUAACACUCGCCAACAUCAAGAGAUGCUUUCAGUGUGGAAAGUCAUUGCUGGGGAAGAUUCCUUUUGAAUAUCUGGACUACUCUUUCUGCACACCUCGCUGUGUCCAAGCCCAUCGCAAAGCCAGUGCUGCUGCCCGGCCCUGACCACUCAGUGUUAGUACAGGGAGAGGUGUAGUGGUAGAAUGGGAGUAAUCGACACAGAUUGUGACCAUACGCCAAUUUACAUGAUCUGGAAGUGGACUGGAUGAGACAACGUUCAUCAAUCUGACAUUUCACAAUGACAAAACGACUGCUGGGAAUUGGAAUAGAACAUGAUUGAUGAAAGGUCAUUACUGAUCUUGAAGAGAACAAAAUGGGCAAAAGAUUAAUAGAAGUAAUUGUGUAAGGUGUCUAGUCCUUGUAAGUCAUUUUGUUUCACUUUUGCGAGUCCUCUUUCUCAGGACACAGACCAACCACAGUGAUUUUUAAAAAUAAGUUCUACAUCUGACAGAUUGUCUGUCUAUGAUGGUUAAGAUUGACAUUUCACAGGGAUUCGAAGCCAUGGCAGUAAAAACAUAAAUAAAAAAACAAGCGCAUUAUUAUAAACCAGCAUAACUUAUGACAAAACCAAAAGGUUGACAGGAA